ACUCCCCAAAACAGCUCCUUGCUAGAGCUUCCGGAUUCCAAUUGUGAGAAGAGAGAGAGAGAGAGAGAGAGAGGAGAGAGUUGCACAGCAGCGAUAAGUCGAGAACAAAAAAACAUAGAGAUAGCAAAGAGUGAUGGUGGGGGAGAUGUCAAAAGGACUAGUGGCGACUCAGACACAGAACCCAGUAGCUCAAUUGCAAGCCAAGUUCAAGGAAUUGGAGGCAGGGUUCAAGGCAUGGUUGGCCAAGCAGUCGUUGCCAGUGGAGGCCGCCGUCGUCACCGCCACCAGCGCCGCCCAGGGUGCCGCCAUAGGUGCUUUCAUGGGCACCCUCACCAACGACGUCUCUUCUUCUUUCCCCACUCCUCCUCCUAAUGCUGCCUCUAUGAAUCCCCAAGCCAUGGCCUCUCUCCAGCAAGCCCAGGCCCUCGCAGGGGGUCCCUUUGUACAAGCACGCAAUUUUGCUGUCAUGACAGGUGUCAAUGCCGGUAUAUCAUGUGUCAUGAAAAGAAUAAGAGGGAAGGAGGAUGUGCAGUCUAGUAUGGUGGCAGCUUUUGGUUCUGGAGCCAUGUUUUCAUUGGUGAGUGGCUUGGGUGGCCCGAACCAGGCAGCCAAUGUAGUCACAUCUGGCCUCUUCUUUGCACUUGUUCAGGGUGGACUUUUCAAGCUAGGGGAGAAGUUUUCUCAACCACCAGUUGAAGAUGUGCUCUACGUGAAAACGAGAAGCAUGUUAACCAACCUUGGCCUCCAGAAUUAUGAAAAGAAUUUCAAGAAAGGCUUGUUAACCGACACCACUUUGCCUUUGCUCACCGAUAGUGCUCUUAGAGAUGUCAAAAUCCCUCCUGGACCUAGGCUUCUCAUUCUCGAUCACAUCCAGAGGGAGCCUGAGCUGAGAGGAAGUCGAGGCAGAAACUAAUUUGCUGCAUUGAACCGGGUGGUUACAAAAGAAAUAUUUCAUUUAUCAGGGAGAGCUUUUUAUGUUUUGAGAUUUUUGUCUCAGUUGUCGUAUUAAAAUUCCAGUUACCGUUAUGUGCUUUUUUAGAAACUUUAAAGACAGUUUGUUGUAGCUUUAUAUUGAGCUUCUGCAUAAUUUAAAUAGCCAUGGCGCCAUAAGUGUUGUCAAUGUUGGAAUGUGGAAAA